AUGGCGGCUCCUGCUGCUCGGAAGCUUCAAAGAGACAUAGAGGUGGUCCUAAAGAAGGCCCACGAAGGAACUGAAGAGUUUGCAGAGUUUUGGGACCAGAUUGCCACAGCGCAAGGGCCCCAAAAAGAAAGAUUGGGUGAGGAGUUGAAGAAGUGCAUCAACAAGCUGCAGAGACUCAGAUCGCAGAUGAGAGACUGGCUUGGAUCGCCCCAAGUCCCAGCGCCUCUGAAAGACAAACUGGAAGAGGGCAGAAAGCGAAUAGAAAGUGACAUGGCGAGGUUCAAGGACUUUGAACGAGAGUUCAAGACCAAGGCCUUCUCAUACACUGGCUUGGCCAAGCUGGACGAGCUGGACCUAGAAGAAGCUGAGAAAGUCAAGUCACAGGAGUGGUUGGCGCAUACCAUCCAAACCCUCAAAGACCAGCUGGACCAAUUCGAGGCUGACUUAGAGUUCCUGCAGGGAAAGAGGUCCCUGAACAGCGACGACAAAUCCAGAUUGCCCAAGCUCCAGACGGCCAUUGAAAGGACUCGAUGGCACAUCAAGAAGCUUGAGCAGCUGCUGAGAGCUGUGAACAACGAUGCAGUCGAUAUCAGCGAUUUAGCGGUUGUGAGAGAGAGCAUCGACUACUAUGUCGAAGCUGGUGAGGACUCCGAUGGAGUUCACGACGAGACGUUGUACGAGUAUUUCGACCUCACGGAAUUCGAGGAAAAGGUCGCUCCCCCGAGGACCGAAAACCCCGAUUCCAAAGAUGACUCUCCAGCAGGAAGCAAGGAGGAAACUCACAAGAAGCAGAAGGAGAAAGACAAAAAGAAGAAAGAGGACAAGAAGGCCAAAGCCAAGGCCGAGAAGAAGGUUCAGGGUGCAGGCAUUGUGAGCAAGUCCAGCAUUGUGGGCAAGACGAUCAUCGACAACGGCCACCAUGGGCCCGUCGAGGUCAAGCAGCUCGAGCCGGAUGAGGUCAAGGUCAUGGAGGAGCAGCUUGUGCAUGAACAAGACGCAGAGUUUAUCUGCAAGAUCUGCCAGAUUUACGUUGUUGGGUGUGUCCCAAAGCUGACCACCUGCUCUCACAUCUUCUGCGGAGAUUGCAUUGCCAAAUGGUUUGAUCAACACCCGGACACCCAGACUUGGGCCCAGCGAGCAAAGGCCGCUGGUCCGGACCGAUGUGUGCCAUGCCCGGUCUGCAAGAAGUCCUUGAAUGAAAACCAUGACCUAUCUCCAGUGUGCAGCAAUGCACAGAGGAGCCAAAAUGUCCUUCUGUGGAGGAUGCUGUCGCAGAAGCGGAUUGUCUGCCAGAACAAUCCGAAACUGAGAAGCGACGGCAGGUGUGACUGGGUGGGCGAGUACUGCAACUACCAGAAGCACUAUGACAUGUGUAAGAAUGUUCCGCUUGCGGAAGCAGGCUAUCCUGCGGAGGUCCCCUCAGCUCCUAAGGAGGCUCCCCAGAUCGUAGAGAAGGCCCCGUGCCCGCCCGCACCGGCAAAGCAGUUGGCAGGGGCCUCGCCCCCAGCACCGUGCACAGGUCCGGGCCCAGCGGCACCAAAGCAGGCUCAAAAUGCUCAAAGUCGAACCGUCGAACUUCGGUCGAACGGUCGCAUCUUUCAAUCGAUGAACAAUGAUGAGUUGAAGGUGGCCAUCAAGACUUCGGCGCCUACAGCGGAGCCACCCAGAGCUUUCUUGAGCAAAGCUAAAGAGGCAAAAAGAGUGCGCAAUGCGCCUUCUCAGGUGCCCGCUCAGGCAAUGGCAACAGCACCUGCCAUGGCACCCAGCCCAGCGCCCUGCGCGCCGUGUGCGCCGAGCGCACCAACGCAGAACUCGGGACAGCUUGUAGAGUGGACGAAUGUGGUGGAAGAUGUGCCCUAUGAGUACAUCUGCAUGGAUCAGGAGUUAGACCCACAGCGCAGCCAGCGCCGCGGGUGCAGCCGCAAGGGCAGGAGGCGCCUUUGGCGCCAGCGGCCCCAACACCUGUGCAUCCGGAGGUUUGGGGCAAGUGAGGCCAUGAGGCUUUUCAGACUCUCAUUUUCUGUGGAAGGUGGCGAGAGUGCAGACAAGGCUGGUGCCAGCAUGUCUGCGCUUCUGCUUGUAGAAGAACUCCAAGUUCCAGGCGGAGAGAUGUCCUCUUUACUGGCCGAGCUGUUGGCAACUUUGAAGCCACCGGUUCCCGUGCGGCAAGGCGAUGUCAUUGAGGUGUUGGAAACAGACCCAUCGGGUUGGACCUUUGCCAAGAACCUCACAGGCGCCAAUUCCACCGGUUGGGUGCCAACUUGGAUCGUACCGCGGCCUGCGGAAACAGCACAGGCGCAAAGAUUAGCCCCCGUUCCUGAGGUGCAACAGGCGCUUCAGACUCGGCAAGUGCAUCAAGCACAGCCCUUGCAGCCCGUGCAACACCAGCAUCUGCGGGAGACGCGGGAGCGAGAGGUCCAUCAGCUUCGGGACACUAGACCUGAGUCUCGGGGCCUUCUUCGCGCUGUCCAGCCCUUCACUUCCGGAAGUGAUUCUCAGAUGACUCUGAACACCUCGGAUUACGUGGAGAUUGUGGAGCGCCAUCCCACGGGCUGGACUUUUGGCCGCAAGGUGGAUGCGGCGGGAACUGCGGUAUCCGAGGGUUGGUUCCCAGACUGGGUCCCUGGCUUGAUGACUUUCUGGGUCUUCUUGGCGCUUGUCAGACCAGAGUUCCAAAGUGCUCCGGCUAGAGGGGACCUGGGAUCGACCUUUGACGCAUUCGAGGGACCGGAUGUCUUGGCAUCCCUGGAUGACAAUGAGGAGAAAAGCCACAGCAUCGAGGACCUCCUGCGAGCUUUGGAGAAGCAUCGCAUCGAGUGUGAACAAGCCGGCAGGUAUGAAGAGGCGGAGCUGGCACGCCUGCGACUGGACCAGCUCCGACAACACGAGGAGCGCAGCCGGAGAGACGCUCUCUUGGAGCAGCAGCUUGCCGAGCGAAUGGGUGUGGAAGAGGCCCACAUGCUCGGCUUGCAGGAGUUCAGCAAUAUUUGGGACCAGAAGCAGCAAGACUUUGAGUCUCGUGCAAACCAGCUGCAGAAGGUGCUGGCAACUCGCCACAAGCAAGAACACCAGGCGCACCUGGAAAAGUUGCGAAGGGAAGUGGAGCCCAGGACCCCACGCUGGAGCCGCGACCUCCUCAAUUUGCGAAAGAUCCAGGAGACGCUGGCGAAAAUGCGCAAGUAUGCUGAAGCAGAGAAGACAAAGGUUCAGGCGGACAAGCUGGAAGCCAAAGAGCACAAUCAGUGGAAGGAGAAGCGGGAGGCCAGGAUCGCAGUCAUGGAGGAGCAGUUCCUCCACAAGCAGCAGCUGGAGAUGGGUGGUUUGCUGAAGCGGCUGAAGGCCUCGCGUGAAGAGCUGCGACGCUCCCGAAAGCUGGAGAUCGAAAGGCUCCUGCAGCGUUACCAAAACUUGAAGAUGCAGAUGGAGAACCAGCAGCGCAUCAUCCAGCAGCGCGUGGAAAGGUACCCAAUUACUGCCCCGAUGGUGAACAACACCUCCAGGCCUCCCUCUGGGGGCAUCGCGUCAUAG